CUAUAUCUUCUCUUUAUCAAACAAAACACUCAAAAUCUGCUUGCCUGUUUUUUUGAUUCAUCAAAACGAUGGCAACUAUUGCUACUAGCCUUAACAUCGUACCCCAACGAGCCAUCAUCACCAGCAAGACCCAACCAGCUCGUCUCACCUGUCCUGUCCGUUUGAACAACCCAUGGAAUCUUGCUUCAAGAGCAACGAACCGCAUGGUUAACUUUAGGCCGGUUAAAGCAACACCAGAAGGAGUGAUAUCAGAUAAAGUAGAGAAGAGCAUCAAAGACGCUGAGGAGACUUGUGCUGGCGACCCAGUUAGCGGAGAGUGUGUAGCUGCGUGGGACGAGGUUGAAGAGCUCAGCGCAGCAGCUAGCCACGCGAGAGACAAGAAGAAAGCUGAUGGCUCGGACCCUUUGGAAGAAUACUGCAAAGACAAUCCCGAGACCAACGAGUGCCGUACUUACGACAACUGA